CAAUCUUAUCGUUCCGAUCUGUCGUUGCAUCGAUGACGUUAGCUCACGGAAGCGUCCAAUGUGCAGGGUGCGUAUUAUCCGAUGGGUGUCAUAAGUAGAGUGUUCCCCCUUUCGUGACAGUCUCUUUCGCCAGGCUCUCGUAAACGGUGAACUUGAAGUGUAUCCGCAGCGCAAAGUUCUCUCAGUACAGUGAUAGCAGCCGUUCAGAACGGAACGGUUCUUACAGUAGAGAAAUGCAACUUUACUUGAUAUUCUGGGCCUUGCUACUUCUAGCGGUUGGCGAUUGCUGGGCGUUUAACUAUUGUGCUGCUUCCAAAGAGCUAUGCCCGAUGCCCGGUACACGCCACGUCGUUUGCAAUGGCAGGAAAUUUUCGCCUGCUUGUCAACAUCCAAAGCUUAUCAAGAUGAAGCCCGAAUAUCGGGCCCAUAUACUGGAGUACCAUAAUAAAUUGCGGAAUAAUCUUGCUUGUGGGUACUUUCACCGUUACGCUGAAGCAAGCUCGAUGGAGCAGCUGCAAUGGGAUAAAAAACUGGCCCGAAUGGCUGAAUACAAUGCAAGAACCUGCAACUUUGAGCACGAUCAAUGUCGAAAUACGCGCAAGUAUCGCACCGUUGGUCAAAAUCUUGCAAUCAAUUGGUUCUACGGGAUGAACGUUACAGUAUCACAGGCAUUGGACAAAUUUCAGCGCCACUGGUUUUUGGAGUACGGUAAAGGCCGUCAGAAGCUGCUCGACCGUUACUCCAAACAUUCGAUACAGGCCGGUAUAGGACACUUCACACAAAUGGUACACGCUAAUACGCAGUACGUCGGUUGUGCGAUGGUACGCUUCCAAGGCAUUCAGCAAGGGUUGCCGGUGACACAGUAUUAUCUGGUAUGUAACUACUCCGAGGGCAAUCUGUACGAGCGGCCCGUCUAUCGGAAGGGUAAACGGUGCAGUAAGUGUAAAUAUGGUUGUUCCGACGACACGUCCUACCGAUGUCUAUGCCGUUCAUCCGUGCGGAACUAGCAAACCGUGUGUACUUCAAGCAGAUCUAUUUGAAGAAGGGAAGAUCAAUGCUGGCAAUCUACUCGAGGGCUUGACGCCACUAAUGCACGAAUGACUUAAUACGAUUAGAGGUCAAUUAGCAAUGAAUCUAACAAUAUUUCCUUUUGUUCUUGCAACAUUGUAACACUUUGUAAGUGUAAAAGAAUUCUUACACACACACUUCAAUAAAAAGAAAAACUCCGUCCAGAUAAAAUUUACAAAAGAGUUAAUGUCUUGUGUGUACAGCAACAGCGAAAAAUAUACACCACCGACGAACCAUUAUUAUCCAAAGUAUGCAACAUACUUGAAAAUAAAAAUAUGCAUACACAGCA